AUAAAGGAAAAUAAGUUUGUCUGUGAUUGCAGAAAAGCCGUAACAAAAUUAACCAGCAACUAUUACACAUAAAUAUUUUCAAUAAUAUUUAUUAUUAUUCUCCACGAAGAAUCCAUCUUCGGUAUCUCCGCAUCUCUCCUCAUCUGUGCCAUUUCUCUGCGACUCUCUCUUUUGUUCCGUCUCUCUCUUUAAAUCAAUAAGAUCACACAAUCUAUCAUCGUUGAGCUCUAUGUUUCUUUCUGUUUUCUUUCUUGCCCUUGUUUUAUAGGUUUCUUUUUCUCUUUUCUUGCAAAUACUUUUUCUUUUUUGUCGUUUUAUUUUCUUUUGGCGGCUUGAAUCUUUUUGUUGCGUUUGAUUGUGAAUUGUUUAUAUAAAUCUUUCUAUCUAAAGAAUUCCCAUCUGGGUUUUCUUUCUCAGUUGGCGUUCUUCAUUUUCAGCCAUGACGGUUAGUGAAAGGAGAAACAGUGAUGGCUACGAUAUAACAUCUGAAACAAUGGAGGUGCAUCAAACGAGCUCUUCAAAGGUUGGUAAAGGGAAGAGAUUAUGGAAUAAAGUGAAGUAUCAACUAGUAGAAUAUCAUUCUCUGCCAGGUUAUUUGAGGGAUAAUGAGUACAUUUUGGGCCAUUAUCGAGCUGACUGGCCUCUGAAGCAGACUCUGUUAAGCAUCUUCAGUGUCCACAAUGAAACAUUAAAUGUUUGGACGCAUUUGAUUGGUUUCUUCAUUUUCCUUUCCCUGACCAUAUACACUGCCAUGAAGGUUCCAAAGGUUGUUGACCUUCACUCGAUACAACUCCCGGAAGUGUUGAAAGCUGAUUUGCACAAAUUGCAUGAAUGCCUCCCUUCUUUACCCACCAUGACUGAUAUGCACAGACUUAGGGAGGAACUAAAGACAACCUUGCCUUCAGGGUGGCACAUUAUGGAACUUCUAUACAACUGUUUGCCGGAGCGAUUUUCCAAUGGCAACCACACAGACGCCUGUGUAUUGCGAAGCAUGAAGGAGGAUGUGGCUAACCUUAUAGCCCCUCUGAUGGUGAGGCCAAUCACACGGUGGCCAUUUUUUGCGUUCUUGGGUGGGGCUAUGUUUUGCUUACUAGCUAGCAGCACGUGCCAUCUUCUCUCUUGCCACUCCGAACGCAUGUCAUACAUCAUGCUUAGGCUUGACUAUGCUGGAAUUGCAGCACUUAUAUCUACCUCUUUUUACCCUCCUGUUUACUACUCCUUCAUGUGCAACCCUUUUUUCUGCAACCUUUAUUUGGGGUUCAUCACCAUAUUAGGAAUUGCCACUGUUUUGGUCUCUCUCCUGCCAAUGUUCCAAACGCCUAAGUUCCGUCCCAUUCGAGCAGCUCUCUUCUCUGGCAUGGGAUUGUCAGGAAUAGCACCAAUCCUGCACAAGCUUAUCUUGUUCUGGAACCAACCUGAGGCACUCCACACAACAGGCUAUGAAGUUCUUAUGGGAGUUUUAUAUGGAAUGGGAGCAGUGGUUUAUGCUACAAGGAUACCGGAACGAUGGAUGCCUGGAAGAUUUGACAUUGCUGGGCACAGCCACCAGCUUUUCCAUAUAUUAGUGGUGGCUGGGGCUUACACUCAUUAUCACGCAGGGCUGGUUUACCUCAAGUGGCGGGACUUGGAAGGAUGCUAGAGAAAUGAUAUCCCGAAGCUUGAAAUAAUUAAUCAGCUGAUGAAAUAUUAUGCUACUACAUUGUAAUAGGUAUAAGUAGGUUUAGAAAUAGGAAUGCAGCGGAAAAAAGCAGAAUACUUAGCCCUCCAUUAGUUCUGUGUAUAGUGGAAUACAUGAUUAUAUAUAUCAUGUAUGAUAACACUGUUGUAUUUGACGCAGCAAAGGUAGGAAUUGAUGGAGCCUGUCCUGACUAAUACGGACAAGGACUGCUUUCAGUUUUUCA